ACAGUAAAUAGUCUAUGGAAGUUUAUCGCAAGAUGUCGGGGGAUGUUUUGCGCGAUGAGCCGCUGCUAUGGUCUCGGACGAAAUGACUUGCUUGUCGUGGCGAACCUUUGCGAAAUUCCGGCCUAAGCUAAAUCCUAAAGUGUUUUAGAACCAGCGUGUGUAUCAUUCGAGCUCAUUUGGUACGAAUCCAGCCAACUUCAAGAAGUAAAAAGUCUACUCUAGAGAGAGGUGCUGGUGCCAGCGCCGAGUACAUCGCCAGAAGACACGGAAUAAGCUGAACGGUGAUCGAUCGAGAAGAUCAAAGUUUCGAUCGAAAACCGGCCGAAAGUUAAAGAAACAUCGGAAUGGGAGGAAAAGCUAGCACGGUGGCGCAGAGUGGUGCAAACAACGGACAAUCCUCAGGAGGCCCCAAUGAUGCUACCAUGCAGGGUUUCUCGAUUUUGCGUUCACUUCCUGGAGGAGUUGGGAUUUUGCAACAUCAGCAUCAACAGGGAAACCAGUCACAGAAUUCUAGAGUGCCUGGAGAUAGCAGACAAAGAGCACGGUCUCUUAGUUCAGUACCAGAUUUGUCCUCUGGUGAACAGAGUGCCCUUGCUGCUUCCGUAGGGGUCAGUGUUGGACAGGCUCUGGGACUACCACAACUUGACUCAGAUGACAAUGAUGAGGAUGGUGGUCGCGUUUAUGCUGCUCAUAGCUUGCCCUCUCAUAUCUGGUCUCUUAAUGGUCUAAAGUGUCCUGUGUGCUCCAAGUUCAUCUUACCAGAUGACAUAGAAUGCCACUUGGUCAUGUGUCUGACCAAGCCUCGUCUGAGUUAUAAUGAGGACGUACUAGCAGAUGAAAAAGGAGAGUGCGUCAUUUGUCUGGAAGACUUACAACCUGGGGAUGUGAUAGCCCGCUUACCUUGCCUCUGCAUAUAUCACAAAAACUGCAUUGAUAAGUGGUUUCAAGUGAAUCGCAGCUGCCCUGAACAUCCUGGCGAUUGAUUCUCGCACAUCAAAAUCGCGGGUAAAAAUCAAAGUGGAUCAUGUCGCUGAUCUACAGGACACCGACGUCGAAGACUUGCUUGAUAAUGGUGGGAAAGACAGAAGUAAAAUAAAAGAAAGAUGAAAAAAACUAGUCAAGGUGGCUGCUAGUCUGCGAUGCUGGUUCGUGCAUAUGUGGUGAUCGUUCUGAGGAGCGAGACUCGAUCAAAUCGAACGUAAGGACAGAUACCUAAUUCAAUCCUUGAUUGUAAUAUUAAGCAAAGGACUUUUAAUAAUCGCCAUAAGAUUCAACGAUCAAUGCUAUUACCUAUACGUAUCUAUAAUUAAUUAAUCUAUUACUGCUCUAUCGCUUACUAUCGAUUGUACCAUAUUUAUAAAUUUUACUUAGUUUUACAUCUUGAAGUCGAUUUAGCAUUAAGCGAGAGGCGGUAAUUAUCGUUACUAUUAUUACUUGAAUACUAUUAUUUUUUUUCUUGAAUGAGAAUAACGAAGUGACGUUCAGUCGAGUGCACACCUGCGCGUACAUAAUCGAGCGGGUUGUACAGGAAGCAUAAGGAACGCCAGAGUGGGAGUGUGCGUGUGUGCAUAUACAAAUGAUAAAGCGAGUGCGUGAUAGCUGAGAUGAGAGAAACCUCUAGCUUAGAUAAAAAAAAUGUUCUAUGUUUAAUGAUUUUACUACCGAGACCGAGAUGUAUCGUUUUUGUUGUCUGUUGGGGGAUGAGUGCUAGAAAGGAUAUUUUUGAUACUUUCAUAAAAGGGGGAGCCAGAAUGUAUAAGAGUUUCGAGGAGAGAGGACUUGUCGUAAUGCUGUUGACGCUGUAGUAACAAAUAAAGGUUCUGAUUUAACCUUC